GCAUGAUGCUUGGCAAGUAGCGUUACUAAAGGGAGCUUACUAUUUAAUACCAACACUCCACCAGUGGCACUUCUUAUUAACACCUCAUCCCCUUUGUGAGACAAAGAAGACAUAUCUUUAAUUAUGCCGACAGAUCGGGCGCUAUAUUCCACCAACUGGCGGGUCAAAGAUCCCGCUCCGCUUUCACCGCCUGCUUCACAUGGUAAUGUGAAACCUCAGCCAUCAACGGCGCCAAGCGACCUUCUUUGGGGUAAUCCUCUUGAGCGAGACAGGCGAUUGAGGCGAGAGUAUAAAGCAAAGAACGAAGCCACUCGCCCUGUUGCACAGGGCACAAGGAUUUAUGUAGGAAACAUGCCAUAUGUGGCGAAGAAAUCCGAUGUUCAAAGCCUGUUCGAAGACGCAGGGUACACUGUCGAAAAUAUCGACAUCUCCAUGGACCCAUUCACGCAUCGAAACCCUUCAUACUGCUUCGUAGACUUCGACACCGAAGAAGCCGCCACAUCCGCCAUGGAAACCUUAAACGGCAGACAAUUCUUAGGGCGGCCUCUCAAGCUCAAACCAUGUAUUCAGAAGCGAUCUGAUCCCAGCAAGCUAGAAUCCGAGGGUCUGAUGUUCAGCCGGUGGCUUGACGAUUCUCCAAGCGGAAACCAAGCCAAAAGUGGCGCAAACGACACUUUUUCCACCUCAGACCUCCAAACCGUCAAAGAAAAUAGGACCCUGUGGGUUGGUGGCCUUCCCAAACCCCUCGAUCAGCAUACCUCUGACACUGCGAUCCGCAAUCUCUUCGCCGACUUCAAGGUGGAAGCUGUGUCGAUGGUGAAAUCACCACAUGAUUCUAUGAAGCUGCAACGCAUACCUGGAAACCAUUUUUAUGCGUUUGUUGACUUCGACUCCCGUGAGGAAGCAGAGGCGGCUGCGAAGGCGAUGAAUGGGCGUUUGGCAUAUGGGGGCCGUUUGAGGGUUAGGAAAGCGCGGAUUCCGUCGAUGAGGGCGGUUGAUGGAAGGGGAAGUGGGGGUGGGGAGGAAAAUGAAAGAGAGGCCGGAGAGGUGCUGAAAAGUGUUGAGACUACUUAAGGGAUAGGGCCUCCCGGCUCAGUUAACCCAUUAAGUACACCGGGCUCAUUUGGGGUAUGUCCCCAAUCUUGUCUAUUUUUCAGAUGGACGAGAUGCACCAAAAAGGCGCAUGCGUUCGUCUCAGAGUAAAAAUCGCGAUCGGCAAGGAUGCUUCCUCUAUUGUCAAUUAACCUGACCCCCUUACUCUUCAUGAUGAUUCUGCUGAUUUCAAUAUGCAAGUAGUUUUUUAG